UAUUCUGGCACGGCAGUUCUUCUAUCAGUAGCUUCCGGUCGAAUCUCUUUCAUGCGGGGAUUGACCGGCCCGUGUCUUGCGCUCGAUACCGCUUGCUGUUCGACUCUCGUCACGAAGCACCUCGCUCGAUCAGGACUAUUACAACGGGAAUGCUCCUCUGCGCUUUCUACCGGAGUCGGCCUCCUGGAGGAGAUGGCAUUCAUUGCUUUUGCAGCGGCAGGCAUGUUGUCACCACUGGGGCGCUGCCACACGUUUGAUAUUUGA